AUGAAGUCCUUCGCUCUCGUUGCGGCUGCCUUGGUCGCCCAGACCUUCGCUGCUCCUACCGCCAUCCCUAUCACUAAGCUUGCUGGUCCCUCGAAGGAGAACUCAUACAUCAUCAAACUGAAAGAUGGGUGUCUCCAAGGACUCUCACGUUGCCCGUCUUUUGGAAUUCAUUGGCGGACAAGACUCCAAGGUAGUUUACAAGGUGCGCUUGAGUUUAGUCUUUUACUUGGUUCGAUCCCUGUAAUCUUACAAAAUAAUGGGCAGUAUGAGAAUGUAUUCCAUGGGUAUGCUGGUGUGCUCAAGGGGCCCAUCCUCGAAUAUAUCCGUCGCUCUUCCGAUGUCGAAUACAUUCAGGCGGACACGAUCUACAAGAUCAACUGGGAGCAGGGCGACGAGUCUCUUGCUUCUCGUGAGAUUCACACCCAGGAAGAAGCCUCUCACCUUGCUGGACGUGCUGCCAACGGGGGAGGUGUUGAUAUCUACGGCCUUGACACAGGUAUUCUAACCACUCACACUGCCUUCGGUGGUCGUGCUACCUGGGGUGCUACCUAUGGCGGCUAUGCUAGCCGUGAUGGCAAUGGUCAUGGUACUCACACCGCUGGAACUGCAGCCGGGUCCGGUUUCGGUCUUGCUACCGCCGCCAACAUUAUUGCGCUGGCGUCAAACUAUGUAGUUUCUCGCGCUGCAUCAUCAGGUCGCCCGACCAUCGCAACUAUGUCUCUUGGUGGUGAUAUCGAUUCUGCAAUCGACUCCGCAGUGUCAAGCGCCAUCUCGCGCGGUAUUCAUUUCACCGUUGCCGGUGGAACGAAAACCAGAACGCAGCUAACGUCUCCCCGCCCGCGUUGCUGCCGCCACACAAUUGGUGCUGUUGACAGCUCCAACCGCAAGGCUUCGUUCUCCAACUAUGGAUCUGUCCUUGACGUCUGGGCUCUCGGUGUCAACGUCCGCAGCGCAUGGAUCGGUAGCAACUCGGCCGUCAACACCAUCUCUGGUACCUCCAUGGCUACCCCUCAAGUUGCUGGCAUCCUUGCUGUUGUCAUCGGCAACAAAGGCAACUCUAGCCCUGCCGCUCUUUCUUCUGCCCUCAAAUCUAAUGCACAGGCCGUUGUUACUGGCGCCCCUUCGGGUACUACUAACCUCAAGGCCCGUGUCUGGUAG